AUGAGCAGUGAGUACAGCACUAUGGAUCUGCAAUCCGAGUUGGAGAAGAAGAAUGCGGAGACUGCUAAGCUCAAGGCGCAACUCGAGGAGGUUCUUUCUCGCUUCAAAGACCUUAAAAUCAAAGCCGAGCGUCGAGCGAAGUUGCUGCACCAUGUGAUGGCGGAGUACAAUGCCAUGACGAAGGAGUACGACAUAUUGAAGACGGAAGCCACCACAUUGCAGCAGAAGAAAAACGAGAUGUACGACUACAUGGUAAACCAGGAGACGAGAAUCGAGCAGUUGGAGCGAAACAUCCAGGUCCUCGAGGCCGAGAAUAAUGAGCUCAGACGAAGCAGGAUUAUCGAUGCCUCAACGAAACAGUGGUACGGUGAAUGUACACACAGCUGUUCCAAACAUCCUCGAACCUAUCCCAAUCUCACUGUCCACGGUCACAAAGGUGAACAGAUUCCAGACGAGGCGACAUGUCCGCCAUGCGAUACCUGUUCUGAGGCCGAGGCCUGGGCCCAGGGCCUAAUGGAUACAGCGCCAAAGUUCACCGACAGUCUGCGCAGACACUUUCAGUCCACGUUGCCGCUUCGUUCACGCGGGACACUGCCUCGUAGUAUGCAAUCGACACCGUUUUCCACUUUGCAGAAGCCCUCUAGCGUCCCGACUCAGGAAACUUGCAUCAACCUUUGGAAACUUCGGCUCCAACGUCCAAGGCUAAGUAAAAAGAAGGAACCCGAGUUUAAGUCCGGUAUCUCUGAGUACGCUCCACCACCUCGUUCGGAGCAACUCGCCGACCCACCAUUUCCGCCACGCGGUCUCAAACGCCCAAAGCCCAUCAACACACUUGAACCUCCCCCCCCUCAAUUACCUUUGGCCCCAUGA